CUGAAAAUACGUUCAAAUAGUGUUCAAACAUCAAAUUAAUUUAAUUUUUUAUCGAAAGUCCAAAUUGAAUACUAAUAUACAAUAUAGGCGUUCCCGUACGUGAAUAGAACAGCCAGAAAUGUACAGUUCGUACACAUUUUACGCGAUGAUUAUUUUCUUUUUUGUCACAAACUUUUGUGCGUCAUGUUUCUUGUACAAUUAUCAUUAGAUCGUGUGGUUCCCCUCGGUAAUUUGGUUCCUUUACAAUGUGUAGUCAUGCAAAUCGAAUGAAUGAAAGGGGUAAAAUUGUACCCGCUAACAUCGUUACACGACAGCAUUUAUUUACAUAAAUAUAUUAUAUACGCUAACAGCCUAAUGCGAAGACUCGUUAAACGCAUACAAUUUUGAGGCACCUUUGAGAAUUUCAUAAAGAAAUGAUAUACCUACCUAGAGUCGAUUACAAACAAAAGAUAAUUCAGUUGGACGAAAAACCAGUAAAGUUACAAAUAUGGGACACCGCUGGACAAGAACGAUUCCGGACACUGACCACGGCGUACUAUCGGGGCGCAAUGGGUAUACUACUCGUUUAUGACGUAACGAAUCUAGAUUCAUUCGACCAUUUGACGUACUGGUUGAAGAACAUUCAAGAAAACGCUGCGCCGGACGUUAUCAAAGUUUUGGCUGGUAACAAAUGCGACAACGAGACAGUGAGAGCCGUGGAUAAAGCAGACGGAGAAAAAAUAGCAGAAUGCUACGAUAUGCCGUUUUUUGAAGUCUCAUGUAAGAUGGACGUCAACGUGGAAGAAGCGUUUCAGGCAUUGGCCAAAAUGAUUAAAGAACGUUCCCAAUACUCGGGAGCGUUCGGGUUGAGAGACGAAACGCCAAGGGAGAAAUGUUCGCCACUUUUCGAAAAAGCUUUUGCUGAAUCUACACGGAAGUGUAGUUCCUGUUAAUGUCCAUAACUGUAAUAAUAAUAAUCAUAACGGUUUAGCUAUUUAUAUUUUCAUAAAAAUCUAAAAGCCUAUUAAUUAUCAUACACGUGUUGGCUUAUAAUCGCGCCUUUUCGAUGACGUCGAGAGUUGAAUUAAUAUAUGCUAAAACGACGGGACUUAAAAGUUGUUGAUUAGUGAUUACUAUAUAAUAUAAAUAGUAAAGACAUAAUAUAAUACGCAUAAUAUUAUAACGUUAUUACAAUAUUACAAUAAAUAUACUAAUACAAUACGUAAUGAAUUGAAUUUAUUACCUAUAUCGUAUCUAUACCCAUAAUGAUAUUUUGUAAAGUCGAAAUGCACAAAAUCGUUUUUUACCGUUAGAGUAAAAUUUAAUUUUCCACGUAAUAUAUAUAUCCGAAUACAUAUAAAUAAAUAUAUUAUAUCAAUACCUAUUAAUUCGUUCUAUCAAACGACGAAGUAAAUACAUAAAGACUUUAAUAUGCUUUAAUAUUGUACAUACGUAAACAGUGUGUCAUCAACUAAUGACAGGGUCAGAUAUUGUGCUUCUUCAGACAUAACAUUUCAAUUUUAAAUAUUUACUGUUUACAUAAUUGUUUAAACGGUUUAUAUUAUAAUAUAAUAUAAUAUUAUGUAUAUAGUCAGAACAAAGAUAUUAAAAUAUAAUCACGAUAUUAUAAAUAAAUAUAGCUACGAAUCUUUCACGUUUUGCCUUUAUAUAUAUUAUAUUGUUUCUCAUAUUAUUAUUAUUAUUAUUAUUAUUGCCUAUAUACAACUAUAUAAUAUUUUCCUGCGAAUUCACAUGUAUUUUUUAAAAAUGUCUAUUUUGAUUUAUACCUAUUUGAUGUUGUAUACCUAAAAUACAUUUUUGUUUAUUGUAAUCCAUUAAUCCAUUGAUUAAUUUAAUAAAUUGGGAACAUAAUACAAUUUUUG